AUGGAGGUUCCCGACCGGAGGACUAGGCGGAGAUCGAGGUUUGGCUGCCGAAAUUGCAAGCUAAGAAAGCUCAAGUGCGACGAAGGCAAACCCCAUUGCAAGAGGUGUAGUUCAUUCGGUAUAUUAUGCAACUUCAUGUCGAAUAUCCCCGACCUACAACCUAUCGCCGCUGAUAUAGGGAGUCCAUUGGUGGUUCAUGGAAAAGCAACCCUUCAACCUCCUAUCGCCAGUGCUGUCUGGACAUCUGACGAAUUCACAUCAUAUCAUUUGAACGCCAAGUGUCAGGAUUUCAUCACCCGGUAUUAUGCACGAAGUAUCACUAUCCCAGAUGACCCUAAUAUGAUACACGUUAAUCGCAAGCUGCUAAGACUAGCUUUUACCUGCCCUUUUCUAAUGCACGCCUCGCUCGCUGUGGCACUUACUUAUGACCGCCAUAUGAAUAGCUCAUUAGGAUGUCGUCGCAGUCUAGAAGAGUGCUAUCACUGGUCUCAAAGCACAGUUCUUCUCAACAGGCGAUUAAGGGAACCGAUUAACGCGAAGGAUAAGGAUCCAAUCUGGGGCACUGCAGCCGCUCUGACUAUCUUGUCCUUUUCAUCCCCUGAUGCACGCACCGCAGAAGAAUCAUGGCCUUUAAAGUCCUCUGACCAGUCCGAUGUAGACUGGGUACGUAUGAGCCAGGCGAAAAUGUCACUGUGGCACAUAGUCAACCCGCUACGACCGGACAGUCUUUUCUGCGUGAUGGCGGCGACCUUUGCUCAGAUGCAGUCACCCCUGCCAGAGAAGGGCAUAGAUGGUAUACCAAAGGCCUUGGCUGCCAUAUGUCUUCUCAACGACUCAUCUACGGCGAACAAUAGCCCGUAUUUCGAUGCUGCUCACGCAGUGUCCCAGAUCCUGGACCUUCCGGAUAGCGAGGUCACAACAGGUCAAACUCAACUCUUCAUGCGUAGUAUUCAUGGCACUUUCGAAGACUUGCUCCGGAAUAAAGACCCUGUAGCCCUUUUAUUGCUGUAUCUGUGGUACCGCAAAACAAGUUGCAGUAUAUGGUGGAUUGAACUUAGGGCCAGAGUGGAAUGUCCUUCUAUUUGCUCGUACCUACGCUUAUAUCACAAAGGGAAUGCUGCGGUACAGGCAUUCCUUCCAGGUGGUGCACUCGCCGAUAGUUGGGUUUAG